AUGCGAGGAAGAACAAUUGCACCUCUAGACAACUGGGAAGAUUAUUAUGUGCAAAUCAACAUCUACAACACCAAUUUGAGGAAACUUCGCGAAGAAGGAGUUGACAUUGAGGAUAUGCUUAAUCAUAUUGGAUACCGAUCAGUAGUUAUGAAUGUUCCUAUUAUGCCAAACUUUUCGAAGGAUCCAGUGAUUAACACAAAUUGUGCGGAAUCAUUCGUUGCUCCUGAAGAACAGCCGUAUUGUUGUAGUUCAGUUAAGGAAAAUGCUGGCGCAAUUUUACGCUCUGAGCCAAAGAGCUUGGCUGCAGACGAUGCUUCUUUGCCUGGCGACAAGAACUGUGACGUGCAAUCGAUUGAUUGGACCAUAGACAAAACAUUGUUCACUGACUGUCUCGCUGACACAGACAUUGAAUCGAUUCUUUCGCCGCCUCAAGAAAAACAGUCCGUAGAAUUAUCAGUGCUAUGUUCUAGAGAAAUUCAUCAAAGGUCGUCAGUCGAGGAGUCUCUGAGAGUUGGUCUUUUUGAGCAUAUACGACAACCUCCUGAACAUAUUGAUGAUAGAAACGGAUGUAAUGCCUUUGAUGACGAACAAAGCUUAAUCGGAUCUGACCCUCAACGCAACACCUCACUAGAACCUCUCGAACCGAUACACAUCAUUUCUGCAGCACGUUCCUUGCAACAAAACAAGAAUGUUUCCUCUCCUUCCAAAGAUAUUCGCCGCCCUGAACCAACAAUUCUAAGACGACAGGAUGCUGACAUAUGUGAUAACAUGCUCAACAGAGACGAAUGUAAUUCAAAGGAAGACAAUGCUGGUGCAGUCGCGACUCCACCAUCGAGCCGUGGAUGUAAACGUCGAAGGCCGGCCAAAUCUAAAGAUUUAUCCCCUGCUGAGGACGAGUUAAAAGAAGAUGGAUUGCAUCAGUGUUCUUCUGGCAAAACUCCAACACCGAAACAAACGUGUAAAGAUCGAUUUUUUGAGUGCCAAAUUGCGGGGUGCGGAAGCAGGCUAGUGUUGCGAAAAGGCUAUAGUAAAAAUCGAUUAAUUGAUCAUGUGAGAAUUCAUUGGGGAAAGUUAGUGAAGAGAUGUAAACUGUGUGACUAUACAGCAACGCAUGUUAGAAAGAUAUAUUGUCACCACAAGUAUUCCCAUAAAGGAACUGCUUUCGAAGGAGCUAUAUCGAUGGAGACGAUGGACGAUCUGAAAGAGCUUCUCGAUUUAUGGAAAUAUUGCUUUCCUGGUUGGUUUGAGUGGGUACAUGGUGGAACUGCGCAAUGGUGCAAUGCCACGGAAGUCAAAACGGACCGUUCUAUCGAGAUUCCGCAUGGUUCUGAAUGA